GGUGGAGCUCCACUUUCCCCAUGUGUCUGCAGCCAGACCCUCUUGACACACAGAGCACACAACAGGCGCAAAACUACGCCCUCACCCGAACAAGAGCAAGGACUAUUUGUGAAGGAGGAUGUCUGCAGAAGGGCGAUUCAAGCGCACCAUCGGCAGAGGAGCCCCCACUUACAAAUAUGGGGACUUAGACUAUGACCCUCACAUGCCCCAAAGCAGGAUCCAGAUGCAGAUGGACAGCGCUGGCUCCGGAGAGGCUGUGGUCCGCAGGAAAGACUCGUUUGUUCAAACAGAUUCCUGUGCUACUGGGACCAGUUUGAGAAAGACUUUGCCUGGUUCAUCAGUGAACAGCCCUGGAGAUUCUGAUAGGUCUGCACUCCCAAAACACGUGGAAUUUCACUCAGGAAAUUAUGAGGAGGAAAGCUCUGAUGAUGGAGAUGAGAUUUGGUCGCUGCCAGGUGCGUCUCCACCCAGAAGUGUGCUUGAUGUUGAAAAGACAAGCCUCGACCCAAGCAUGGAACUCAGAAAACCUGUGAAAAAGACUGCCAAGACCCAAGCUUGGCAGACUGACUGGCAUAAGAAUCACAUGGCGGCUAUAAGUGGUGAGAAGUUUGACGUGCUCCUCAAGAUGUGUCCUGAUUUUCAAGACUGCAAAAACAACAUGGCGGCUUUUGUCAUGAUAAAAGAGGCAUUGGAUACUGACGGUAAUCCCUGUGACCAUUAUAAAGUCGUGGCGUUGGGGGCAGGUUCCUCCAGCUGUCAGAAGUGGCUUUGCUACAAUGGAACAAUGGUCCAUGACUGCCACGCUGUUGUCAUUGCCAGACGCUCCCUGCUCAGGUUUCUUUACAAACAACUGCUGCUCUUCUUUGAAAACGAUCCAAAGUUGAAAGAGUGCAGUAUUUUUGAGGCCGGUGCAGAGAGCCACCUGCUUCAGCUCAAACCCAAAGUCACCUUCCACCUUUAUUCCAACCAGCCACCAGAAGGCGCUACAAAAAACUUCUAUGUUGGAUCUGCCAAUUGUACGUCGGUGAAGCUGCAGUACCACGCUAAAGGUAUCCUGGUACCUGUGGUGUAUCUAGAGCCCAGCCAUUGGGCCUCCAGAGUCUGCUGCGUGUCCGCCAGUGACAAACUCUGCCGCUGGACUGUGAUUGGAGUGCAGGGGGCGCUGCUGAGCCACUUCAUACAGCCCAUCUAUAUCACCAGCAUGGUUCUAGGUGGGGUGAAACUGUCCAACAAGGAGGUGUCUGAUAUCACUAACAAACGCCUGGGUGAGGGCUGGGAGGAGCUGCUGCCUCCGCCUUUCAGGAAACACGACAUCCACUUUGUCUGCGGUGAACAAGUGGCUUCAGGGUCAGCCUCUGCAAACACCCAACUCAGCGUCAACUGGUGCCUUGGGGACAGAGACAUCGAGGUUCUGGAUAGCAGCAAAGGGCUCAUCAUUGAACGCUCCCCAAAUGUGAGUGGGCCUGGCUUCUCCAGUCGACUCUGUAAGAGAGCACUCUACAAAUACUUCCACCAAGUCGCAAAACUCGGAGGCCAUAGCUCUCUGCUGGACCUGCCCACGUACCACAGCGCCAAGGUGGAUGCAGGACCGUAUCAAGCAGCGAAAGAACUUGUCAAUCAACAGUUUUUGAACAACCACGCUGGUCUUUGGGCAUCCAAAAAGCUGGUGGACUUGUUUAGUGCCUAAAGAAAGGGGGCAGAUUUAAAAAGUUUGAGUUUCUCUUAAGAGUUGUUCCCUGUUGGCAGUUGCCCUCCUCUGUAAUUUUUAUUUAGUUUUAUGCAAAAUGUCAGUGUUGUUUUGGUUUGGUGUGGGAGUUUGAGAAAAAUAAAAAAAGGCCCACUGUUAAGCACCGCAGUGAAGUCGUCCCUGAAUGAGCAGUGGGUGGAACACAUCUGCAGUCAAGGCAAAUUCAGAAAAAUUAACUCGUCUGUAGCUAAAAGCCCCUUUACCAAAACCACAAUCCCAAAAGAUCUAUGUUCUGAA